UUCCCACCUAGCUCGGCGCAGCCAGCGCUACAGUACGCUCGCUACGCUAGCUGCCAAUCCCACCGGUGGCGCUCGGCCGCAAUAAAACGGGAGUGGGGACGCGCCGAGCCCGAUGGCCCACUCGCUCUCCAUCUCCCUCCCCACGCGGACGCCUCUGCUCCGCCGCCUCCUGCUCCGCCACCGCAGUCUCAUCCCCUCCGCGGCGCCGGCCGGGCUAGGCCCCUGCUACUGCUGCUCUUCCCCCGCCACGCCGCCUGGCCGCAUCUUCCUCGGACCCGGAGGUGCAGGUAGAAGACAGAGAGGUGGAGUGGGUAGCAGAACUAUGUCAACCUCCAUGAAUUUAACACCGGUGGCGGAAUCGGCAACGGCCAAGACAGGAGGGGAUGUGGAGCAGCUGCCAUUUGUGAAUGACAAACAUGGAGGUGUCAUUAUUGAGAUGACGGCCCCCAUGGAUCCACAAGUUUUCUCAUCUUCCUUGAAAUCAGCAUUAUCAAAAUGGAGGGAGCAGGGAAUAAGGGGUGUCUGGAUAAAGUUGCCCAUCAACCUUGCCAACCUUAUUCAAUCAGCAGUGGAGGAAGGAUUCUGGUACCAUCAUGCAGAGGAAACUUAUUUAAUGCUCGCGUACUGGCUUCCGAAUACGACUCAUACAUUACCUGUAAAUGCUACUCAUCGCGUGGGAGUUGGAGCUUUUGUAAUGAAUGACAAAAGAGAGGUAUUGGCUGUCCAAGAAAAAAGUGGUGUACUGCGAGGGCUGGGUGUAUGGAAAUUUCCAACUGGAGUUGUGGAACCAGGUGAAGAUAUAAACAUUGGAGCUGUAAGAGAAGUAAAAGAAGAGACAGGGAUUGAUACAGAAUUCAUCGAAGUACUUGCUUUCAGACAGAGCCACAAAGCUUAUUUUGACAAAUCGGAUCUAUUUUUUGUGUGCAUCUUGCGACCACUUUCCUUUGACAUUACUAAACAAGAAUCAGAAAUUGAGGAUGCCCAGUGGAUACCGGUAGAGGAAUUUGCGGCCCAACCAUUUGUCCAGAAACAUGAACUCGUGAAGUACAUUCUUGAUGUCGGUCUGGCUAAGGUUGACAAGGAAUAUGCAGGAUUUUCACCAAUCCUCAUAAAAUCCGCAUUCACGGACAAGAAGUCAUUUUUUUACAUGAACAGAAGGGAUCUGGACAAAGCUUCAGGAUCCAAUGGUACACAACAAAAUUGUUGAAAUCUCACUUGAACAGCGAAAGGGUUGAAGCAUCCACGCUUGAUAAUUUUGUUGGUCAAUUGGUAUUUUGUACGCCUGAUUUUGACUGUAUGAUGCAUGCCUCCGCCAUUCUGUAACUCAAAAGAGACGUAGCAUAGGGAAAGUACAGCUGAAAUUGUUGUACUUAUGUCCUAGAGAAAAGAAAUUGUUGUAGCUAGCUUGUGUUAUCAGUUUGCACCGAUAAUGUUACAAAUAAAUGCUUGUUGCCUGCA